AUGGAGAUGGACUUUGUCUCAGGCCCUUCGGGGCACGAGGCGUGGGCGCAGCGGCUUCUUCAUGACGACGGUGAACUCGUUCUUCUCGGCGAAGUCCACCUCCUCGCCGGGGACCUCCUGCCACUCGAACUCCCUUACCAUGUUGGCCACGAAGUACUCCAGGUGGAGCAUGGCGAUGCCCAGCCCGGCGCAGAUCCUCCGGCCCACGCCGAACGGCAUCAUCUUGAUCUCCCGAUUGCCGGUCACGUCCACCGCUUCGCCUGCGCCGCCUGGCAGGAACCGCUCCGGCAAGAACUCCGUUGGCUUCUCCCACUCCCGCUCGUCCCUGCUCAUCUCGGCCACCAUGAAGUUCACCGUCGCCCCCUUGGGAAUCAGGUACCCGCCGACCUCCAUGUCCUCCGCCGCCUUGUGCGGCAGCACGAAGUGCGCCGGUGGGUGCUUCCGGAGGCCCUCGAGCACCACCGCCUUGAGGUACGGCAUCUUGUGGACGUCCUCCUCCGAGACCUCGUCCUGGUCGUCCCCCUUCCUGGCGCUGAUCUCUUUGUAGAGCUUCUCCUGGAUGGCCGGGUUCUUCACCAGCUCGGCCAUGAUCCACUGCAACCCGGUGGAGGUGGUGUCGGUCCCGGCGUCGAGGAACUCGGAACAGAGGUUGAUCAUCUCGUUGUCGGUCAGCGGGCGGUUUCCCUCCUCGGGGAGCUUAAUGUCGAGCAGGGCGUCGACGUAGGAGUGCUCGAACGUGCUCUCUUUCUUGGGCUCGCCGCCGAGUUUCCUGUACUCCCGCCGAGCGUUGAUCAGCGGCACGAACAGGUCCUUCUUCCGCCGCUGCAUGGCGUGCACGUUCUGGAGGCGGUCGCGGUAGAGGUGCUUGGUCACCGACGGCAGGAAGGCGAAGACGGCCAUCUUCCUCGACCUGUAGAUGAGCACGAGGAGACAGAACAUGGCGUACUGGAAUGUCUCCACGACGGCCGCGCCGCCGGAGGACGACUCAUCACGCAGCUUCUCGGCCAGCACGCGGCGCACCCAGGAGCGCGCGGGGGCGAAGAGGCGGACCCGCGACGGGUGCAGCGUCUCGGAGACGAGGUUGCGGCGCAGGAGGCGCCACACGGGGCCGUAGCUGGCGCGCGUGAUGGUGUUGUCGUUCUCGCCCAGCAGCUUCAGCGAAGGGAGGGCGGGGCGGUCCGCGAGCGUGGCGCCGCGCUCGACGAGCGCCGCGUGCGCGAGGCGGCGGUCGGCGACGAAGAUGGAGAGGCGGGACCCCACGCGCAGGGACACGAUGGGGCCGUAGCGCUUGAACAGGCGCCGGAGCAGGGGCUCCACGUCGGCGAGCGAGUUGGUCAGCCACACCACGCUGCCCAGCACCGGCAGGGACGGCGGGCCGGGCGGGACGCGGAGGCGGCCGCCCUUGCGGCCGCGGAGGAGUAG